GACCGCGCCACCACGUCGCCUCUCCGGACUGAGCACCGCGGCGCCAACCCGUCCCCUCCGCCGGCUUCCCGCUCCCUCCGCUUCCCUUUUUUCGGACCCGCCCCCCUCGGCAGGAGGAGGCGCCUCUUUCGCUAUAAUCACGUGACGGCCGCAUCCGGGCCCUUUCGCCUUCUCUCCCUCUUCCCAACAUGGCGGCCUCAGGUGAGCGGCGGUCGCGGGGCGCGUGGGCCUCCGGGUCCAGGCAGGCCGGUCGGCCGCGCCGGGCUGGGCCUCCCUCCAGAGCCGGGAGCGGGGCGGCGGGAGCCGGGAGCGGGUCCCCCCGAGAAGGCGGCUCUCGCCCUCCCGCCGCCCCGAGACCCGAGCAGGCGCGCGGCUUCGAACGAGGCGGCCUCGCGCGGCUCCCGCUCCGGCCUCUUGGUGCGGGGGCGGGCGGUAGCGGGGGGCGCGGGCGGCCUCGGAGCUCCGUCAGGGAGGGGGCGGGGGCGGCAGAUGGCACCUUCUUGGGCCGCGUCCCAGUGCGCAGGCGCGCGGCAGGCGCGGGCGAGGUGGGGCAGGGCGGACCUGGGCGGCGCCCACGUGGGUGCUGCUUGGCUGACUCGCCGCCGCCGCCCGGGCUGGCGGGGCGGGGCGGGGCGGGGCGGGCGGAGGCUGCGGGGAGCUCGUCGGCCGGCGCUUGCCCGCCCCGCCCCGCCUCCCUCGCCGCCGCCCCCGGCAGCGGGUGGCAUUCAGGGGCCCACCUUCCCCACGCACCCGCCGCCUGCCUGCCUGCCUUCUCCCCCACCCCGGGAAGGAAUUAGCAAAGCCGAGAGGUCAAUCCGGAAGCCCUCCUGGACCCCGAGCUCACAGGAUGGCCUGGGCGGGCGGGGGAAGGACUGUCGUCUCACUCCCGGCCCUGCUUUGUAAUACGGCGAGGGGGGCUGAGAAAACCAGGCCACCUCGGAGGGCUGCUGGAGCGGUUGCUGAGGCUCCUGUGUGCGUGCAAAGGGCUGCGCUCUCUCCAUGAGGGAGAGAAGUUUUCCAUGCACGUUCACGGCCCCCGAUCUUAGUUGCCUAGUAUGGUUGCCUUCUGGCCUCCGACUUUUCUGUUAUCUGGCUUCUCUGGAGGCUGUGUUCUUGCUCUGUCCCAAAAUGGCCUUCCUAUUUACGCCAUUGCAGGAUACUAGGGAAGUGUCCAGGCUGCUCUUUGUUAUAUCUCUUAUAACACCUGGUGUAUUGGGCUGUGUACGUUUUGCCACUUGGUUUCCUAGUUCCCUUCCUUCACACACCACCAGUCUUGAAAAGAUUGACUUUGUCUAUAGGUGCAGCAGGAUGAGGUGGUAGAAUGACCUUCAUAAUGGAAAGGGGAUCAUAUAAAAUUCCCCUCUAUAAACAGCACCCCCAUGAAAAUGAGCACAGUGCAAAAUCAGGCUGGACUAGAAACACCGACUGAUAUGCUAGUAUCUUCCUUACAUGGGGGGAAGAUUCAGAAAUGGCUUUCCUUGCCUGCAGUCUGGAGCGUUGCAGCCCAGUCUACCAUUUGAUUCUCCUGCAUGUAUGCUGUGAGUUGCAGGCUAUUUCUCAAAUAUAAAAUUUACCCAUCAAAUGUCUGGAAUGCUGGGUCUGUUGCAGCCUGACUCCUGCUGCUUGCAUAGCUUUGUCUUUGCUGGAAGAAACAUAGGAAGAGUUGGGUCUACAGGGUACUACUUACCAUGCUUUCUGUAUGCAUUUCUGCUUUAACAUAAAAUGAGGCUUCUCUUGUUCUUUGCACACUACUUCCCUAUUUUGAUGGGGACAUAGCACAUUGCCAUUUUUGUAGAAGAUGCUUGUGUCUUCCUGUUGGAGAGUUAAUUUUAUUUCUGUGUGUCUGCCAAUAGUCUGCCAAGCUCUAGUGUAACACUUCCAAUUUGUGUCUUGGAUAAUGGAAAAUACAUCUGCCUAAGAUCAACCUCAGGAUGAAGUUGAUGGGCUUUGGAUAGGUUAUUUAUUUGACUCUGAAAGGCACCUCUUUGUUCCCUCCAUUGCCAGGUAACAGGAUUGCUGUUUGUGCUUUUCAUAAGGUCCAACUCUUCCAUCUAAGGGAUAUGUGGUGACACUGAUAGCUGUGUUCCAUGGAACUGUGUUCUGCAGGCAAAUCUCUCACCUGUACUAAAUUCCCUACAUCUGCACAUUAAAAAAGAUUGUUUUCGGUUACAUUUAGUAUGUCCUUACAAGAUGACAAUGAAGCUGAUUUUUAAAUAUAUAAUUUUAUUUCUAAAUUUUGAAGUUCACAAAUUGAUACAUACUUUUAAAAUAUUAUUGAGAAUAUUAGAUUGUUCUGCCCCCAGACUGGUAUUUGAAAAACAGAGUAGCUCUCAGUAAUACAGAAACUGGGCAUCAGUCAUUCCGCAGUAUCCUGUCCCAAGAGUUCCCUAGGAGACAACAUCCAGAGGGCAACAGGUUCCCCAUCCUUGGUGUUUAGGUUCUCAUUACAUGUUGAGCUUACCUCCCACACUACACUUUUUGCAGCCCAGUUGCUUGGCUUUGGUGGGGGGCAUAGAGUAUCCCUUGUUUACUUUAUUCCAACAUUCCACUUUCUUAGCUCCUGGAGUGGUUUCCGCUGCUGAAAAUGGAAGCUCGAGGACUGCUCAAGGUGAGGAGGAUUUUAGUAUUUCAUUCUUUUCUUCUGUCCUGCCAAGAUAAUGUGGCAUAUUUUUAAUCUCUGAAUAUGGUUCGCAUAACAGCACAAGGGAUCCCUAAGAAUGAGGGAGGAGCACUGCAGCAUCUUCCAUACAAAACAAAGUGUGAAUGUUUCUUGUGUAAGUGUUCUUUGUGUCUGUCUGCUUGGGUGAUAAGUUCUUUGUGUCUGUUUAGAUGUUGUGGGUUGAUCUCUGCCAGGCAUGACUUUUUCCCAGUGGUUUAGUAUGGUGGCUGACUUCCAUAUGCCUUUGAAAUGCACCAGACUGCACCAAAUAGCUGCACUAAAACUACUAAAGUGAAAAAUGGGAGGGCACACCUUCUGUAUCUUGUUAGCUGGAUACUAUAGUAUUGCAGUUAACCAGACAUAAUUCCAUUAGAAUUCUACAGUUUACUUUGAGACAUUUGCUGCCAGAAAUGAAACACCUCUGUCAUAAUGGAUGGUCUUUGCAGAGAUCAGGCAUUCUGCUGUUUGACUCCUAAUGGUAGGACAAACCAUUGCAAAUGCUUUGAGAAGCACAUCUUAAAUACUUGAGGGGGUUUUUUCCUGUGGGCCAGAUUCAGCAAACCUGGUGCACUUGUGAAAGCCAGCACUAGUGUAACGAGCUCCCCCCCCCACACCGCUUGCCCCAAAUCUGCUGGAGGGUUGGGAGAACUCUCAGAACAGCAUGCGAUGGGAAAAGAGGGGAGAUUGUUCAGCCUGGCAAGCAAAAAUGCUUGUAUGAGCACGGCAUUGAAUUCUAUUCUCUCCAUAAGUCUGAGUCCACUGUAAAACUGAUUGGGGGUUUUAGCACCUAGAGGACUUAAAAGGGGUUGGACCACAUACACAUUUUUUUUAAAAGUCUUAGCUGGAAUGAUGGCUUUAAAUAAUUUACCUUCUUGCCAAAGUUUGGAAACUACUGUUUAUACAACUGUGAAUCUUUUGCAUCUUGCGUAGACACAGUGGGCUGUGCAAGAAAACACAGCAGAGCUUUAAACCUGGUUGCAUUUGUUUUUCAUAGGUCAGUGCAGUGUAUAUUAUUUAAUCUAGUAAGUUUGGCAAGCUUCCUUCACUUGCAGUCUUAAUUGAAAAGAGAGCUAACCCAUUUCCUCUUUUUUUAAAAAAGGUAGGUAUUCUUUUGUCAUACUGCAUUGGCAUAGUUCAUUUAUUCAUUAGAUUUUUUAAAGUUUAUAUUUAUUGUCAGGCCUUUGUAUAAGGGUUGAUUAUAUAUCCUUGUGUUAGCCUUUAAACAAGCCUGCAAAUUGGGUUAGGCUGAGAGAUGGUGACUUGCUCAAAGAAUCCUUAUGAGCAUAUAUUUUGUGCCUCAGAUGAUAAACCUGAUAAGCAGUUCCAUAAAGCUGUGUUAUGAUAGGACAGGAAGAUUGUAUUUCAACAGCAGUUUCUCUGUGGCUGCUGCUGCUGCCUCAGCUAAGUUACAGGAAUUGUAUCUAUUCUUGACAGUAGCUUUUAGGUCUUAAUUUCUGACCCAGUUCUUUAGAACAAGAGAUGCCACGAAAACAGCCUUGCAGGUUUGAACAAUAUGGGCAUAAUGGGGUCUUGUUUGGCAAAACGGGGGGCCUGUAAUAUAGGCAGGGACUGGUGUUGGGUUAUGGAUACCCUAUACCAGCAAGAAGAACUGUUUUCAGCCAUGUGGGGGUUAUUCAGUAUUUUUCUUGAUCUUUGACAGGGUUGGUGAUGUAAGAUCAAGCAACACUGUGUGUAUCUUUGCAGUGUGACUUUGCUGUACUGCUUGCUCUCUCUGAGUUGUCAGCCAUUUGAUGCAAACUGAGCCUGCAGGUUUUGAGUCCAGUUCUUGCUUGUUAGCAUUGCAUUUGUUGUCACUGAGAAAGUGAUACAGAUAGCCACUUUUAAGAGUGCCAUGCCAUGGGGGACAAAAGAAAGUAGAAAUGGCUGCAUGUGAAGGUAUCUAGUUUGUUAAAAAUGCAGUUAGUAGGCUGCCUGCUUCUAACCAACUAAAUUUUUAAAUAAUUCCUAAGCUGAUUGAUAGUUCAGUACUCUGUGUGUGUUUGUCCUUACCAGCCUGAACGUCAACACUCCAAAAGGGCUUACUCGUAAUUUUUUGUUAAGGAAACUGGUGGGUUGUUGGUUUUUUUAAAUGGCAUUUUCAUUGCAUUCAGUUUUGUAAGUGACUGAGCAUCUCAGGCUGCUAAUUUUAUAUUUCCAAUAGUUAUACCAACAAAAAAAUACAACACUAAAAGGUUUGCAGCCUCAUCCUCUGUCCUCUGAGUUGCAAAGCAAGGAGUCACCUUAAACCAGAAUAUGUGCAACAUGGAUUGUUAACCAAUAGUAUUAACUGGAACCACACCACAGUUUGAAACAUUAUGAACUGGGCAAAUGUCUUAGUUGUAUUUUGGAUGUGCAAAAGUCAAAGUGAGCUGCUGAUACAGAUGGUAGUGACAUUUGUCUAGGACAAAGGCUUCAUAUCUUAUGCCCAGUAAACUUUAUAUGCUUGAUCUUUGUAAGAAGGUAAUUAUUACACUUCAAUUUAUGUUUUUAAAUUAUUGUACUGAUAUCAUUAAGCUGCUGCAGGAGCCUCUGGGCAUUGCUGGAUAGAAAUUUGAGUCAAUAAAAACGAGCUUCUACUGAUGCCCAAUGACAGUUUACAGCAGGCAUAGGCAAACUCGGCCCUCCAGAUGUUUUGGGACUACAACUCCCAUCAUCCUUGACCACUGGUCCUGUUAGCUAGGGAUGAUGGGAGUUGUACAGUAGACGCUCGGGUUGCGAACAUGAUCCGUGCGGGAUGCAUGUCCACAACCCGCAGUGGCGCAUCUGCGCAUGCGUGGGUUGCAAUUCGGCGCUUCUGCGCACGCGCGACUGCCCAAACCCAGAAGUAACCCAUUCCAGUACUUCCGGGUUUCGGCAGUCCGCAAUCCGAAAAAACGCAACAUGAAGCGUCUGUAACCCCAGGUAUGACUAUAGUCCGAAAACAUCUGGAAUGCCGAGUUUACAUAUGCCUGGUUUACAGGUUGGGCUUUGAGAUUAUUACUGUGCAGUAUGAUGAGCAAAGCACAGUGGAAGGUCUUUCCUGCCUUUCACUGAAAUAGAUCUUGUCUGAUCACAUUUGGGGAGUGCCCCUAGGGCCCAUGCAGCAGUUUUAUCUCCUAUUUAAACUUGAUUUAUCUGCAGUGGAUAUGACAGUGCUUUAUGUUAAUUAGGGUAGGAGGAGAGUUGUGGGUGUGAAGGUUUUGUGGUUUAAAUGUUAAAACGACUGGGAAAUAAAGCCAAGAGAAAGGUGUAUUGUUAACAAGAUUAAGUUGUGGUCCUGUAUGUAAUUCCUUUUACAUUGGCCUUUGGGGUUCCAGUCUCAAAAGAGCCUGGAGAAGAUACUCUUAUGAAGACCGUGAACGGAAAGGACCACAGUUGUAUUUUUGAAUAUUCCUAUCCCAAAGGUGGUGUGGAGGAGCUAUAUGUUGGAGCCUUUGGACAGCAACGCAGAAAGUCCUGUUUUUAUUGCAUGCUACAAAGAGGUUUCCUAAGCUGCACAGUUGACAGUACAGUGGUGUUUGUGUAGAAAAGUGACCAAGGCUACAUCAUGAACUAGGAUGGCCUAUUUCAAAUAUUGCCUUUCUAUGAGCAAGGGAUUAAUUUUGACCCUCCCUACCCCACCAGUUUUUGGAAAAAUAGGAACAUGCUUUACAAGAUUGUUGUAAGGAUGUGCUGUAUUUGAACACUAAAUGCAUUUGUGUAUAAAUAUUGUGUAUUAAAUUGGAGUCCAGUUUUAGUAUAUAGGCGGUACAAAUCUGUCAUACUGGACACGGAUAAUCUCCUUGUCCAGUACUUACUGGAAGGGUUAGCAACUUUCUAGGCUCUCAUGAAGUCUUUCCCAGCCCUGCUGUUUGUGAUACUUGAUGACUGUGAUUAAAACAGGAGCCUCACAUAUGCACAGAGAUGCACGCAGCUUUUCCUCUUUCCAAUGGGACCCUUUACAAUGAGGUUUCCACUCACAGGCAUGUUGAUCUCAGUGGAAUACCAGUCUCUUCUAGUCACUGGGAAAUGGAGAGUCUGUUUGGGAAGCUCAAAAAACAUAUUUCUCCAAAGCACAAAAAUGAUGAGACUGUGAUUCCCUCACUGUAAGUAGGCAAAGCAGCCUAUGUUUGAAGGGUACUUUUCAUAUAUUCUGACAACCUUGCCAUGAAGUCACAAUGUGAUGACAUAAUUGAAAUUAUCACAAUGUGGAGGCAGAUAAACAUGACCCUGUAACUUUACUGUAGGAUUUGCACUCUUAAUAAGAGAGGGGAGGGAGCAAAUAUUUUAAAACCAUGCCGUUUAUCUUUGGUCAAGUAUUGGCCAAUUACUAUGCAGGUUGCAGAAGAAAGUAAGUAAAUUAAAUGGGUGUCCGUAGCUCAAAAGCAUUAGGUGUUUCCAGUCCAUAGCACUGGGUCCAUUUCCCAUACCCGUGCCCUUCACACAGGGAGUAGGAUUCUCUGUUUGCUUGUGGUUUAGGAGACAGGAUCCAGCCCUAGUCGAAUCUGUAGUCUUCUUGAAACAGCAUUGAAUGUGGUAUAUAAUGAAUCACCCUAUCAGCAGUGAAUCAUAAUGCUUCAAUGUUGCUUCUUCACCAAUUACUGUUGGUAAUUGCAGUGGAAAUAUCCAGCUUGUUGGUCAUCACGGCUGCAGCUUUAACGUAACCAUAAAUGCAGAGUUGAAGCUGCUUGUUUUCGUUCUCCAUAAUUCUUUCCAAGAUAGACUGUUCCUGACGGGGGAGUUCAUGAGUGCUAUAUACACACACACUUGUUUUACUCCAGGACAAAGGUUUAAGGAAUGCAGAGCAGUCAGUGAUAAGUUGCCAAGAUGUGAGUAGUAAGUGGCUGUUCAGAACAUCACUUGGCAUUAGUAUGAGUGAGGAUAGACAUCAUCAUAAGUCAUUGAAAUUCAUAUGACAGGUUAUGUCCUACCAAUUUUUUUUCCUUCAAAUUAUGCAGUAUUAUUUUGUUUUUAUGGCUGAUAAGUUUUAACAAUAUGUUCAUUAUUGUAAGCCACCCAGAGAACUUUGUUUUUGGACAGUAUAUAAAUGUAAGUAAAUGAAAGGACAGCGAAAAUGGAUGAAUCAAGAGUUGUGCAAAAUUUGCUUACAUUGGUGCAAUAGUAGCUGAUAAAAUAGAGCUGCUGUGUAAAUAUUAGGAGAGUUGUUUCAGUCUUCUGUUAUUCAACCCCUCUCUCUCCUGCUAGCAGCCUGGGAAUGUUAUUGGGGUAUGGUCCGAUACAGCCUGCUGGAGCUUCUCAAUUCAUUCUUGCUGGGACUGUUAAAGGUCUCUCCCCCUCCCCCAAGAGCUCCAUAUAGAACUGCCUGUAUAUAGACAAUAAUAGUAAAAUUUAAAAGGCCUAAAGUUAGAUGAUCCACAAAACACAAGUGCAGUCUCUGGAUAAGUGCUUUUGCUGGUGGGUCAGCUCCAUGUAAUAAACAAAAUGUUGGGCUUGUUUAUUAGAGACCCGAGUUCAAAACUUGACUCCUCUCAGUAAAUAUUGUGGCUGUUGCACACAUCAUGUUUUUUGGUAUAUAACUGUGGUGUGAAUGUUACGGAUAGCUGAUUAAAACACUGCAGUUUAUAAGUGGGACAUUGCCCUCUAGUUUUCCUGCAGUGGAGGAGAGGUAGGAAGAUGUGAGCAGAGAUCAUGUGAGUGGGCCACGCAGUCUCUCCCCGCUUUACUUCCCACCCAGCUCCAUAGCAGAUUGCUUCUUUUUCCAUACUUCUUUUUGCAAACUGUAGGGGACUUGCCAACCUGGUCUAUCCUUAAUCUACCCUUAUUCUGAAUAGAGUCCCUGCCCUUCUCUAGUGCUGGGAGACAAAUAGAAGCAGUGUACAAGGUCAGAGAGAACGUAUGGCAGAGCCUUGUCUCCACCAUCACCACCUACCUAGGAAAGGCAGGUAGGGGCUUGCUGUUCCAGUAGUACUAAGCUCCAGGUGUACUUGGAGCAUAAGAUCACAGGCAAGAAUCCCCCCUUUGGGGUGGGUAGGAAAGGCUUCUGGCAAGCAAAGGUUGUUGCAUGGUCACCAAGGCCAGCUAAAGCUUGCAAAUCCUUGCUUAUAAAGAAUUAAACUGACUUUGCCCACCGUUCCUCCCUCUCCCCCAAUUUUAGCUCCUUACUCUUUCCCCCUCUCAGUAUGUUUUAUCCUCCAGCCAAGGACAGCAUAAUCCUACUACGGCCCAGUUAGUCACCUGUUCUAAGGGGGAGUUUGUGCUUCUAAGGAACAGAAAGUGCAUUACUCUUCCGAGAAGUAGGAAACAUUGUGUGCCCCUUUUACAUUGGAAAGGGUGUUCCCUAAAGACAUUUCUGUGGCCUCAAUAGUAUCAGUUAUUCCAGAUCCUCCUUUCUUCUAGAGGCUGUUCCUCUGCUUACAAGUGUGCUUUCUAGCAGCACUGUAUGGGCCAACAACUUUGGUAUGUAAUAUUUAACAGCAUUUCAGAUAGGAUAAUCAAGCUCAAAAACAAGACUUUCUUCCCUAAUAAUAAUAAUAAUAAUAAUAAUAAUUUUAAAAAGCAUUUAGGGUAGCAUUCUUCUCUGUUUCAAAUUCUGACAGCUCAUAGCAAAUACCCUCCCAUUCUGUCUGUCUGACACAUAAGAUAAAGGGCAGACUUCCAAGAAUAAAGAAUCGUGUGCUUCUAGGAUAGAAGGUUAUCUGCUCUGUGUGUAGGCUGUUUUCUACCAUUGUUAGGAAGCGCUGGUUCCUUUGCCAGGGCUUUAAGGUUUCCACCUAAGAUCUAGAAAUAGGUUGAAUUUUUGCGUUCCUUUUUUGACAUGGUAAAAGCCCAAAGGCAUUCUGUAGAAUUUUAGUUUUUAUUAGUCUUCAUGACAUUUCAAAACUGGGAUUUUCUGUGGAGCACAUUUGACACAAAUAGUGAUCCUGUGAUAGAUGUUGACUCAUGGUGAUUUUUCCACAUAUAAAAAUUGGUGUGGCCAUCCAAUCUGAGAAAUGAGAUUUUUAUUCAUCUAUGAAAGUACAUGAUAAAACUCUUGUGUUACACUUCCUUACCUUUAACAGGAAGGGUUUGCUUAAUGCUACAUUUAAGGUCCAUUUAAAACACGGAAGGUUGGAUAGCAAGCGUCUAAGGGUUCCUACUGUUUUUUAAACCCUCAGCUGGCAUCUUUGAAUGUUAAUUCCAGCAUUCUGUGUAUUGAGUAGACGACUUUUGCUAGAUUCCCUUGCAAGCAAAACCACAAUAUAAUUUUUGCUGUGCCAUCAAAAUAUAUAACAAUUAAGGUGAACAAAGUGGCAGUUGUGUUCUUUGUGUUUAGGAUUUUAACAUUUGGUGUUGACUGUUUUUCUAUUAUAAGUUAUGCAGCAUUCUUUAUCAUUGGGGAUCCCCAGUAACUAGGGCGGUUCUCUUGAGUUUUACUGGAGGCAGAAACUCCCCCAGUGUGGAAUAAGAGACCUCCCACAAGUUAAGUACAAUUGACAGAGAACUAUGAAGAGGAGUCUUAUAUAGAGCUCUGAGUAUUAUCACUGGCCAACAGUUCUCUUCUCUGGUUUGUGGAUUCGUGGAGGCUUGUUGGGUAUACAGAGUUCUCCCUGAUGUUUACCUCAUUUGUAAAGCCAUUGUGUGACUUGGCUUAAGCUGAGUAGGAAGUGAGCCUCUGGCUCAGCAGGUCAUCUGGACCCAAGAUGACUUCUCUCUGUCCUGAUCCCAUUUCUGGGCCAUGCUGCUAGCUUCUUUCCUUUAUUAAAUUUUGCUCCUCUGAACCCCAAAAAGGAAGCAGUGGUGUCCUGCCUAUGAAAUUCUCUCAUGAUGAAAUGCCUCUCUGCAAACACUUUCCUUUUUUACAAUGCAGAAUACCAAUAUUUUCUUGGCUUACCAAGAACUCAUUACAAACUGCUGUCUAUGGAUGGGAUAACUUAGAACACUGUCACAACAGGAAAAUGAUGGGGAAUGAAGCUGUACAACACUUUAUUUUCUACUGAUUUUGAAAUUGAAUCUGUUUGAAUUCAAGUGUAUGUUUUGGUUGUGCUGAAAUGUGUGAUUGGGUGUUGCUGUGGAAAAGUGGGUUUGUAACACAAUGUCUUCCUGUCUUAAUGGCAGUUCCUACUGUCUUUUGAGAUUGGUUGGUUUGGUUGCUUGUGUUCAAAUCAGUAGUAGACUGAUCGGCAUUGUGUAUGCAAAUGAACAGUAAAGGACAAUAGCAGUUUCCAACGUUUUGAAGCGGCUUUUUAUCACUUUUUCUAUUUCUUACAGCUAAGAAGAAGAACAAGAAGGGGAAGACCCUGACUCUGACAGACUUUCUAGCAGAGGAUGGCGGUGGUGCUCCCACCUUUGUUCCAAAACCAGUUAGCUGGGCAGAUGAGACAGACGAUCUGGAAGGAGAUGGUAAGAUAAAAAAUAAUAAUGGUGUUUGGUUGGGGGGGGGGGUUGCUUUGCUUCUGCUGAACAGUUUCUAGGUGUCAGUGAGAAAACAUCCUGGAGUUUCUUCUAAUCUUGACUUUUCAGCUAUUAUCUCUUUCCUCCAAACUGGUGUCAUACAUUUGUUGUUGGACUGCAGUCAGUCCCAGUCAGCAUUGUUAAUAGUCAAGGAUGAUGGUGGGUUGCAGUCCUAUAUCUGAAGGGCACCAUAUUGGGGAAGGCCAAUACUAGCAGUUUCUUGUUCUCUGCUGCAUUUUUAUAAUGAAUUUUGGGUAAGUAGUUAUUUUUUUUUCUAUUAGAGAAAACAAAAUAAGUGUCAACUAGGACAGCUAUGGAAAUCUCCAGCCAUGGUAGGAAGCCAAAAUUUAUGUCCAAGGGGUGGUGUCUUAUCUCUGCUGUCAUGCUUAGCUUUGGGGGUGCUUGGAGCACUUAAUGAAGCUAAUACAAUUUCAGAGCUAAGGUACCAUAUUCCUCCCCAGUACUAAGUCCUUCUGAAGCUAUCACAAGCCCCUCCCCAUUUCUAAUUUGGUGGGCUUUUGGUGUGUAUGCAAUGACAUUAAGCAGUGUAUCUUCCUAAGAAAUACAGCCCAUGGAAACUUUAUGAGCAUGCAGGACUGUCACUUGGCUUCAGUCACAUAGAGAGUGGCAUUCAGGGUGGGCCCUGUAUUAUGUAGCCUGAGGUUGCAAAAGACUGAAGUGUUGUUGCAGCAUCUUUCCCUGCACAUGGAGGCACUGGUUCAUUUAGAAUACCUCUUCGUGAUCACCUCUCCAAGGUGUUGGAGAGUCAUCACAGCCCUCAGCUACACACCUUGAAGUGAACAUUUGUCAGCAGUCAUUGCAAGUGCUACUAAUAUGGAGUUGUUCUUUAGGACAGUUGGCUGCUUUUUUGCCCUUGUAGCAACAACCAUUUCCCCUACAUUCUCUUUGAGUGGAUGGUUUGGAACCAAUUCCUUGUGUUUCUGUGAGUUAGAAUGUGGGAAAUUGCUUAUGAAGUGGCAUGGCAUUUUUAUUAGGCUGUUGUUUGCUUGCAAAAAGAAUCCCAUUUGGGGUGGUUUGUGGAGGCGGUGCUCUUGUCUAAUAGUGACCAGUUCCUUUUAGUCUCCAAUACUUUCCUCGCUGCCCACAAGUCAAAUGGAGGCUGAACAUUCUUUGCUGUUCAUUGUAAAUGCUCUGUGUGUUUGCUAAUGUGUAACGCUUUUCCCUCCUAGUUUCUACCACCUGGCAUAGCAACGAUGAUGAUGUGUACCGAGCCCCUCCAAUUGACCGUUCCAUCCUGCCUACUGCACCUCGGGCAGCUCGGGAGCCCAAUAUUGACAGAAGCCGUCUCCCAAAGUCACCCCCCUACACUGCCUUUCUGGGAAACCUGCCCUAUGAUGUAUCAGAAGAGUCCAUCAAGGACUUCUUCAGAGGGCUUAAUGUGAGUAUUUCACAGGUAGCUUUAAGGUUCAUGGUCUGGUAGCGCCACGUGGAAUCCAGCAGAAAGCAUUCAAUAAGAAUCCAGGUAUUUUUUGUGUCACAUUGAGAGGAUAGCAGCAUUAUCUUAAGCUGUGUGAAAAUGGUAAUAUCAAGAGAAAUUCCGCACAUGCCUUGUCUUUAAAGAUGAUGUUUCUGGUAUGAAACUCCACAGGAGUUUCCCUAGCAGCUGGUAGAAAUCCCAGGCCUCUUUGAUGAAGUGAAGAACGCUUUAUAAAGUGAGAAGAAUGAUCUGGAUUUUUAUAUUGUUUCUAGCUUCUCAAUACCUUACAGUUUGAAAGGCAACAACGGACCCAACUCUACUAUUUUCAAAUAGCUUUAUGCUACAUAAACCUCUCAAUUGUAAAGAGUAGUUUUCUGCUUCUGGUUAGCCCAAAGCAGGCAGCCACCCCUUAAAAUAGUGGUGUUUCAUGCAGUUUGCUGAUUGGGUGAUUGGUCAGGGGUCUUGUGUCCAAACAUCUGGCAGGUACAGGCAUAGAUCAGAAAUAUAGUGGAUUCGGUUCCAGGCCACCGCAAUAAAGCAAGUCACACAAUUUUUGGGAUAUCCCAGUGCAUAUCAAAGUUACGUUUAUACUGUAGUCUAUUAAGCCACCCCACCCCAGUUGCAGAGGCAGGAGGAGAAAAAUCUGUCUCCAGCCUGCUCCACUCCCAUGGCUAGAAGAGGAGGGGUGGUGGCGCCAGCACUGGGGGGUUUCCUUCCCCUGGAAGUGGCCAGGCUUCCUGCAGCUGCACCCACAUUCUUGUAAGGAGCAAUAUCUGCAAAGUGCAAUAAAGCAAAAGGCAUGCCUGUCUAAACCACAGAGCCUAGGGCUUGCUGAUCAGAAGGUAAGCGGUUUGAAUCCCUGUGACGGGGUGAGCUCCCAUUGUUCGGUCCCAGCUCCCGCCCACCUAGCAGUUUGAAAGCACAUCAAAGUGCAAGUAGAUAAAUUAGAAUUAGACUGGAAGGAGGCAAUGCCAGAACAGUAAAUUGUGAAGAGAUGCAACAGGCAGCUCUUGUGAGAUGUCCUCUCAGGACUCAUGUGAACUGCUAUUUCACACAGCACAUGAGGGUUUCUCGUGUCACAUGGUUUGGGAAUUGUACCUCUAGUGAUUUAGCAUGCUGGAAGGACAGAUCACAAUUCCCAGCAGACAAGCCUCUUGUUUUGAAAUGCUGUACAUAGCUUGGGGCUUAAAGAGAAACAAGACGGGUGUGAUGAAACUGCAUUUGAUGUUGGAAGGAACUUCCUGUACAAUAAAGGAAAGCAUCAUUGAUCUUCUUUGUUGUUACACCUAUCUUGAGUCAAGCUCCAAGAAAGAUCUAACUGUCCUGUGGUGGUCAAAAACUGAAGAAGAUUCUUCCCUGCUAGCCAUUAGUCUAAAUAUAUAUUUGGUAGCUUUGAUAGCAACGAAUGUGCAGUGUAAAUAGAAAUGUAUUCGCUUCAAGUGAUCUGCUGGUUGGUUCCAAUCUACCUUCUGAGUACUCCUGACCUAGAAUAAAGUUAGCAUCUUUUUAAGCAGUCUUUAUUGAAAUCAGGAUGGUUAAGACUGCAGUCCUGUAUACACUUCGCUGGGGUUAAGGCCCAUUUAACUUGAUGGGAGGAGCCUGAGUAGGCAUGCAGAAUAGUGUGCUGUAAAAGGUGUGUUCCUCCAGUGUUUCAAUGUCAUAAGGGAAGCAGAAAGAAUAAUUGGUGUUAGUGAUGCGUGUGUAGAAUCAAAGAGUUAGAAUAAUCGUUCUGUUGGUGUGAAACACCAGAGUAUAUUAUGUGGUCUGAUUUAAGGAGUGAAAAUCGUAUCACCUGCGUCCACUCCUGCCUUUCUCUUUUCAAGUGCCCUUAUUGCUAUUACUAAUUUUUUUAAGGUUUUUUUCUAACUGCUUUGAGGGGGUUUUCUUACUAUCAGCAGUAUAUAAGUUUUAUGAAAUAACAUUAUUUGUUUGUGUUUUUCUGUAUUUACAAACACCAUAUAGUGGAAAGGUGGGAUACACAUUUAACAAACAAAUGAAUAAAGCCCAAGGACAUUUAUCCUGGAUUUCAGUUGCUUGCGAGUUAUGCAAGUUUGUAUUUUAUAAAGGCCACCCUAAGGGUGAAGGGUGGCAUGAAAAUGUAUUUAAAUAAGUGCAGUGGGUGGAGCACGGCACCUGGAGACGACCACUGCGUCUUCUUUGUAGGAAGAUGGUUACUUAAAAUAUUUCCCCCUCUCACUCAACUGCAGAUAAGUGCUGUUCGUUUACCACGGGAGCCUAGUAAUCCAGAGAGGUUGAAAGGAUUUGGGUACGCUGAGUUUGAAGACCUGGACUCCAUGCUCCGUGCUUUGAGCCUCAAUGAAGAGGUGAGUUGAAAUCUGCCAAGAAAUGUAGUCAUAUCCCUUGGCUUGAUGUAGCCCAGCCUCUGGGGCGGAGAGAAAAUUCAAAGGAGCAAAACUCUUGAAAACCUGAUUGAAGUAAUGAUGCAUAGAAAGUGCUUCACUUUGCAGGUAUAUCUAUGUCUGGAUUAGAGAGGAAAGAAUCAUUGAAAGAGAUAACCUGUAACAGGAUCUGGUGCAUUUCUGUCAGCUGAUGUGAAACUCUCAGGGCACAAAAGGCAGUAUGUUUCUAAAAAUAACCAGAGGAUGAAGGCAGAUUAUGCAGGCUGCCCAACCAUGUUGCUGCUUGCAAACCUAUCCACAUAUGAUUAAGUACGCUUCCAGUGUGUUUCCAAGCACAGUUCAAAGUGUUGGUGCUGACCUUUAAAGCCCUAAAUGGACUCAGUUCAGUAUACCUGAAGGAGCGUCUCCACCUGCGUUGCUCAGCCCAGACACUGAGGUCCCCAUCCGAGAGUCUUCUGCUGUUGUUCAAUCAUUAAAUGCAAUAAUUUGAGCUAAAAGACUGUUUUCAGGGGAUUAACCCUUUGCAGGAGUUGGCAAGGAUCUGGAUUGCCAGAGUAAGGUUUCUUAAGGCUCUACAGUUGCACUCCCUAGAAAUUUUAUUUUCCUAAUAAUGUUUGCAGACUGUAAGUUUAAGGGCAGGAAACCUGUUCAUCUUAGGCAAAUCCCAGUUACUCAGGAUUUCUGCAGGAUGCACAGAGGAUUCCAACGUGUUUAUGGAAUAAUGCAUGCUUUAUUUGGAAGCAGUGCUGGAAAUAAAGUAUCUUAAUAGGGAGGUACCUUAGGGACACGGCUGGCCCUGUGGUCUAAACCACUGAGCCCCUUGGGCUUGCCGAUUGAAAGGUUGGGGGUUUGAAUUCGCACAACAGUGGUGAGAUCCUGUUGCUCUGUCCCAGCUUCUGCCAACCUAGCAGAUCAAAAACAUACCAGUGCAAGUAGAUAAAUAGGCACCGCUGUGGCGGGAAGGGUAAACGGCAUUUCCAUGUGCCCUGGCUUCCAUCAUGGUGUUCUGUUGUGCCAGAAGCUGUUUUAGUCAUGCUGGCCACAUGAUCCAGAAAGCUGUCUGUGGACAAAUGCUGGCUCCCUUGGCCUGAAGCGAGAUGAGUGCCACAACCCCAUAGCCUUUGACUGGACUCUACCAUCCAUGGGUCCUUUACCUUACCUUACUCUACCUCAUGUAUUAUUAUAUAUUUAUUUUUGUAAAAAUUGACUGCUUCAGAAGAUGCAUGGUGUACAUCUGAAAUGGACUGCCUUUUAUUAUCUCCAAUUGGCUUCUGAGAAGUUGGAUGCAGCCACAUUGAUUCUGAACACAUUGAUAUCCACCAGUUCAAGUUAGGCACUUUUAGAAUAGUAACCUUUCAUAUUUUUAGAAGCUGGGACAGUGCCUGUUAACCUCAGUCUCCAACAGUGGGCUCAGUAAUUCCCCCCCCCCUUCUAUCCUCCUCCUAGUGACAUGAAAACAAUCUAUAGUAAAAUGGCAAAGAUCACAGUGCAGUGAAUGGAAGCAAAAUCAGAUAAAAUUAGCCACGUUUUAGAAGUUGGGGUUUCUCCCCCCCCCCCCCCAAUUUUGUAUCUUCAGGGCAGUCUGUUGAAGUACUUAAGGACAGCAGUGAUCUGUCCUGUUCUGAUUGGCGUGUCUCAAGUCUCAAGCAACUUGGGUCAAGAAAUUGGACUCAGUUUUCUCAGACAAGCCAGAUAAAAAGUGUUAACUAUCGUUCAGCAAAAAGCAUUUUCAGAUGGUUGUUCUCCUGCCUUAGCUAUUUUAAGUAGAUUAUUCUGGCCAUCUCAGAUACUUGGCAAGUGAUCCUGCCUCUGAAGUCUAGACAAUACCACCUGAAGGCAUCCAAACCAUUUUUCUGCCUCAACAAUUUUUUUUGCAAAGGACAAAGCUAUAAUAGGUACAGGAAAGUAAAUCUGUAAACUGUUAAGGGUGUUUGUGACAGCUUGGAAGCUUAAAAUAAGCAGUUAUAUUUGUUGCUGCAGAUAUUGAGGGUGCACUGGGGAGGGAGGAAGAGGAAGUUGCACUGUACAAGCAGAAGUCUGGUACACAAGCAGAAGCACCAGAUACACUCUUGGUUGAAGAAGCUUUUGAUACCCUGUGUCAACCUAUUUGCAAGACUGGAGACUUUUCGUGGGCCAUAAACAUAAUCUUCUCUAGUCAUAUGAAAGACAGAGUGAAAGAUCCGGGCCUUGGUUUGAUUGAAUUCAACUCCAUCAGGCAUCUUAAAACUCCAUGACCCUUCACAUUAGAGAGAACACAUGAACAAUGUUAUUCUUAGGUGCACCCUGUUUCCAUGUUGAUUCCCAGUGCAUUGGCACAAGUGAAGUUCUACAAUUGUACAUCGGGAACCUGAGUGAUAAGAGUCCAGUGGGCAUUGGUUUUUUAUUUGCUACCCUUUUGUGGAAUGCUCUCCCCAGGACGGCAUCCCUGCUUCCAUCAUUACAUACCUGGGGAUGCCAGGCAAAAACAUUUCUUUUCUGCCAGGUCUUUGGCUUUUAGUAAUCUGUGGCCUCUUUUAGUGGGUGGGGUGUUUUAAUCUUACCUUUUAAAAAUAUGAAUGUCUCAGAAGUUUCUUUUUUAUGCUAAGUCACUUUUAGUCAGUUUAAUAAAUAACAAUUCUGCUAGCAUCCUUUUUUCCGUGUGUUAAAGUGAUAGGUGCAUCCAUUUAUAAAGCAAUUCUACAUGCGUUGGUCAGAUAUAACCUUGAACUUGCUGUACAUCUUUAAAAAAUGGGCUUUAAAAUGCUAAUGUUACACUGUAUGUUCAGUCUCUAGGGAACAGGAGAAUACGAGUGGAUAUUGCUGAUCAAGCUCAGGAUAAAGGUAAGUGCUGUGGCUUUGUGAAAAGAGGUCAUCUUGUACCAGUUAAAUUUUAUACACAAAGGCUGGAAAAUAAAGCUGUGAAACCACCAAGUUUCCCCCACUUAACUAGCAAGUCUUUUCUGUGUACAGAUGAAAUUGACGAGGAGAGCUAAAGGCCUUAUGAGCUUUACCUGCUUUUGACUUGAUCUUGUUGGGUUCAACAGUGCAAAUUGCAAAAGGUACCUAGUAAAUUCAGAAUUAGCACUGUGGGUUUCCAUUUCUUUAAAAGUGCCUCUCCAGCCCAGUACAGUACAGGAGGUGUGAGCUACACGAUUCCACAGAGCGCAUUGAACCAGCAUCCUGCUCCCUCUUACCUACACACUGUGAUCUUGCCAGAGGUCACGUUUAUUGCUCCGGCAGAGAAAUCAUUAGUGUAUCUUUUUUUUCUUUAACAAAAUUUAUAUGCCACUUGGUUGUAGUAAAACCUCAAAGUGGUUGACAAAAAAAUCUCAUUACAAUUACCCAUAAAAGACAGUUAAAAAACAGGUUUUUUAAACAUUUUAAAACUUAAAUCAACAAUAAACUAAAAACAGAUUAAAACACGUGUAACUUCUAGGUGUCUGGAGAGGCUUGCCUAAGCAAAAAUGUUUUAAGGAGGUGCUGGAAAGAAUACAGCAAAGGCACCUGCCUGAUAUCAAUAAAGGAGUUCCAAAGUGUAGGUGCUUUUACUUUCCUCUGUGCAGAUGUCUGAAUCCAUGAAACUGGAUGUGCCAUUUAACUGUUGGGUUGCUUUUCCUUUCUUUUGCAGAUAGGGAUGAUCGCUCUUUUGGUAGAGAUCGUGACCGCAACCGGGAUUCAGAGAGAUUUGAAACUGACUGGAGGGCCCGUCCUGCUACGGAUAGCUUUGAUGACCCCCCUCCCCGCAGGGGCGAGGAUAGCUUUGGAGACAGUGAGUUCAUCACCAGUUGCCUGCUGUGCUAACCACCAUUUUCCUUGCCCUCUUCUAAUUUUCCUGCAUGCUCCUGAAUUGCUGAAGCCCUUCCUUUAUAUUCUGUUCUUACAAGAGUAGCUUUCCUCCCUGUGCUCCCUACACAUGAUUCUAGAUUGAAUACUAGCCAGUUACUACAAAAAGCUAGGGAAUUACGCACACUGAGGAAGGGCUGUGGCUCUAGGGCAAAGCCUCUACUUUCCACGCAGAAGGUCCCAGGUUCAUUCCCUUGUAUCUCUAGGUAGUGCUGGCUGUGUCCCGAGUCGGAAGCCUUGCGAGAGCCACUACCAGUCAGGCAGACAAUACUGAUCUGGAUGGACCAGUGGUUUGACAGUGUAAGCAGCUUCCUGUGUUCUGGGCUUCUGGAGUCGUAUCCCGUACCUAUGUUCCCAUCGAUGCCAAAUACACAACGGAAGAUUUCUAGCAGUUAUUUCAUUGUACAGUGGUACCUUGCUUCUCAAACUCAAUCCGUUCCGGAAGUCCGUUUCAAAACCAAAGUGUUCCAAAACCAAGGCACGCUUUCCCAUAGAAAGUAAUGCAUAACGGAUUAAUCCGUUCCAGACUUUUAAAAACAACCCCUAAAACAGCAAUUUAACAUGAAUUUUACUAUCUUAACGAGACCAUUGAUCCAUAAAAUGAAAGCAAUAAUCAAUAAAAUAAAUAAGACAGUAUUGAAGAUUAUUUUUUUAAAAAAAAUUCUUACCUCCACUGAUGAUAGUCAUUGUUUGGAUGGGGGGAUUUUAUCCAUUUCUGCAGUCACACAAUCAGUCAGUCAGUCAGUAGCUGAACUGGGUUCCACACAGUCACAAAAACAAAUUAACCAAAAAAGCCUCAGAAACAAAAACUCAAAAUAAAUAGCAAAAACAAAAGCGUCAAACUUAAUCCAUUCUGGAAGUCCGUUUGACUUCCGAAAUGUUUGAAAACCAAGGCGCAGCUUCUGAUUGGUGCAGGCGCCCCGGAAACAAUAGCCGCCAGCCGCAUCAGACAUUUGGUUUCCGAAAAAUGUUUGAAAACUGGAACACCAAAGAAAACCGGCUGCGCUGAAAACAAUGGAAGGACAGGGGGCAGGGCAGCCAGAGACGAGCUCAGAUGCUGAAAUUAUGGAAUUUUCGUACCAAUGGAAAAGAGAAUUUAUGGAAAGUAUGGCUAAGAUAUCAGAGACCAUCAGUACCAGAUUGGAUCACUUUAAGAACACGGCGAAGAACCGGAAACAAGAAGAAUAGAUGCAGGGAAGACCCACUGGCAACGACAGGAGGGAACAUUUGUAAGCCAGGGGGGGGGGGGGGGAGCUAACUGAAAAUCCAGAAGGAAAGACAGGGGAAUAUGAAGGGCAGCAUACACAGAAAAUAUUUGAGGAAGUACUGUAUUGGUAAAAACACCAGUGUUAAGACAGGAGGAGCUGAAACUGGAAAUGGCCUUUAUUGGUAGCAGCUUCUUGAGGAGCUUUAAAUAUGAGCACAGACAGGAAUUAGAGCAAUUUGGGUGAAAUCACAACUGUGGAGACAGAGAAAUUUGGAAGGAAGGAGGGCUGAAAUGGGGAAUUGUCCUAAUGGGAAGCCUCUUUCGGAGGAGAUUUAAAUAUGCCAAAGUAAGAAAAAAAAGAAUGGGUAACAGUCUGGAAAAUGGUUUUUAUUUAGGGGUCAGCAGUUGUAAAUAAAUUGGGACAUCAGCAGGCAUGGAUUAAGUCAGGCAUAGGCAAACUCCGGCCCUCCAGAUGUUAGGGACUACAAUUCCCAUCAUCCCUGACCACUGGUCCUGUUAGCUAGGGAUGAUGGGAAUUGUAGUCUCAAACAUCUGGAGGGCCGGAGUUUGCCUGUGCCUUGAUUAAAUGCUUGCAAAAAGCAACAGUUAGGAUAAUUUUAAAAGGGGAAAUAGCAUGAAAGCAUAGGUGUGUAAUGUAUAAAGUGGUUUUAAUGUUUAAAGUAUCUGUGCUGUAUACCACAAGUUUAAUUGUUUAGUAGUUGGAAAUUUGGGUAAAGGAAUCUGGAAUGUAACAUGAUUUGGUUUAUUUGAAGACCCAGAAGAGGGGGUGGAGGAAAGUCUGGGGAUUUGGGGGGCGGGGUAAAAAUGUGUUCUUUUAAAUUAUUUUUAAAUGUUAAUGAGAAAUAUGUGGGGUAAUCUGGUAUUGAUACAAUGUGGCAUAUAUUCGAUUUUUUUAAAAUUGAAAACUAAUAAAAAUUACUAUUAUUAUUAUUAUUAUUAUUUAUUAUUAAAAAGAAAACCGGAACAUUUACUUCGGGCUUUUUGGCGUUUGGAACCAAGGUACCACUGUACACGUCUCGUGUCAGUCAACCAAGCUGGCUUGGUACUCAAAAUGCAGUCAUUUGUUGCUCCAAAUGUUGCAUGAUUUCUGUUCAUGUUUUUACAGCAUAACAGAGACCGUAAAAUGGAGUCCUAGCUGCACAAGUGCAUUGAAGGCUAAUCCCUGUUUUCCUUGUUCUCUUUCAGACUGAAAUGCGGAAGACCCAUUUCAGUCUGAAAUGGGGAUGAACUCAGCAGGUUCAUAUCAUGAGCUGAAGACAUGGAGGCAUGUCAGACAUUUAUGCUUCAUGACUGUAAAGCAUGCAUUCUACAGGCUACUUUUUUGAGAAAGGAAUGCUUUAAUCAGAAGACAAAUACAUCUGAAAUCUUCUUGUCUAACAGUCUGGAGAAUUAGAGUAUGACAGCUGUGAAAUUGCAAUCAGUGUUUUCACUGCUAUUUUUUUGAAGCAAAAAACUUGAGUUAUAAGUAAUUGCGUGAUUGCCUAACCUCAUGUAUACCUAGGAGGUAGCUUUAUAAACAGUUCGCUUAUAGUUCAGAAGAUACAUAGUUCAUGUAUGUUGAGAUUCCUGCAUUUCAGGGGGUUAGACUAGAGGACCCUUGGGUUCCUUUCCAGCUCUACAGUUCUAUGAUUUCCUGUGAAUUGCCCGCCUCCUUUUGAGAAAAGCACAUUUCCUCUACUGUUCUCUUGCUUAGAACAAAGACUUUUUAUGAUGGUGGUGAUAAUUUUCUAGGGGUACUUCAAUACCUGCUUUUUCAUCACAUUUUCUACUGUGAACCUUCUGGGUGCAGUGGAAUAUAUAUGUAAAUACUUCUUUACAGUACAAGGCAAUAAAAUGUUUCAAUAAUAAAUAGUUCUGUGACCAAGCACCAUGGUAGUCACGUGCUGGAAGAUGCCUAAAGCCUGCCCCCUGAAUCUCCCCCAGCUGUGUCAAACGUUUUCUGAAAGUCAUUGCUCUGUGUCUAUCUUGUACAUGCUAUAGCCUUUUCUUCCUGCUUUAGGGUAUCGAGACCGUGAUCGUUACGAUUCGGAUCGGUACCGUGAUGGUCCCCGAAGAGAGAUGGAUCGGUUUGGGGGCAGAGAUCGUUACGAUGACCGUAGAGACUACGAUAGAGGAGGUACUGUGGGUCACAGACUUCAUUGUGGGUCUGGGGUUUGAGAUGCUUACAGGAGGCAUCACUUAAUAUAAACAUUUGCUUACAUUGCAGCAUUGGCUAGGUAAUACAGCUCCCACAUUCCCCUGCUAUCGAUGCAACAUUUUAGGCACACAAUCCAUUUUGUGUAUAGUCAUUGUGGUCUGAAUGGCUUUUCUCUCUUGAAGGUGAAAAUACUUGGAAGUUGGGAUAUGGAAUAUAGAGCACUGCUGCAGUUUCUUUUCCCAAAGGCUUAAAAAGAUUUUGCUUUUGUGUUUCAAGAUUCAGUGAUUGCUCUAGUGGAAAGACAUUUUGAGUGUCCUCCCUGCUUGGUCUACAAAUACCUCUUGCAUCUUGCACACACCUUGAUACCUGCAGCACUCUUAUUAUUUGUGCAGUUUUUAACUAUUAUAUUGGUUGUGGAGAUGUAGUAAAUGAGACGAAGUUACAGUUUUGGGUUCCUUUCCAACCAGUCAUUCUUCUCUGGUUUCUUUUGCUGCUGUGGUCUGUUUUCCUUCCAGGCUGAGUGAUCUUGUAAUUAGGAGUGGUGCUUUUGUACAAUUGUGCAUAACUUGAGUCCCUACUAGUUAGCAUUUUCCAGCUGUGUUAAUUAAGCAUUUUUUGGCCAUGUUUUGAACUGAAGUGGGAGGUAUUUUCUUCAGAUGCCAAAUGGGACUUCAGAGCGUGCCCUUGAAACUGUACAUGAAAUCUUCCUGGAACUGGCUUGAUCUAACAUUGUGUGCCAUGUUUGGAUACUGCUUGAUCAGGGACUGUGUGCCUCUGUAUAUGUAACCUCAGGGAAACAUUUUAAUAGCUGCACAUGUUGGAGGGGUAUAGGGGUGUGUGAAUGUACAUACAGACUCUGAGGUCUGCUCUCUUUUCUGACUCACCUGUGAGCACUCUGGGGUGCUGUCCUCAGAAAUAAUGGUCUUCAUGUUGUGCAAGAUUAAACCACUGAACUUCCUUUUCCUGUAGGUUUCGACUCUAGGUCAGGCAGUGGUAGAAGAGCCUUUGGCAGCGGAUACCGUCGGGACGAUGAUUAUAGGGGUGGUGGUGACCGCUAUGAGGACCGUUACGAGAGGCGAGAUGAUCGAAUGGAUAGGUGGAGCAGCUCGCGGGAUGACUAUAGCAGGGAUGACAGCCGGCGGGAUGAUAGAGGUAUGCUCGGUGUUUGCUCAGAAGCAAAGAAAUGAGGAACUGUUGGCUUUGCUGUCAUUGUUGGUUGUGUAUUGCUGCAGAUUAUUCUGUUCUCCCUUAUUCCUUGUGGUAUUCUGAAUUUGACCCUAGGCCAUGGCGAUGUUUGCCUCUUGCCCUACCCAGUGUAUAUGGUAUGUUGCCAGAUCCAUCAGACACGGUUAAGAAAGAUUUAUUAUGUAGCCUAGCCAUUUCUGAGAACUGGGUGACCCACCUUUUGUAGGAGGUUUGUCUAAUGAUUCCUUGUCCCCUGUUGGGCAUGGGUCCUUUGUUGACUCUUCCUUGUUUCCAAGAUCUCCUUAUGUGGCCUAAAUGCCACAUACCAUUCAUUCAGCCUUUAAUCCCCACCUCCUUAUCUAAAUAAGACAACCAUAUGAAUUUUUCACAAUUCUCCUGCUUCUUGGCUUUUGCCUAAUCCUGAAUCCAGUGGCUUUGCUUUUUUCAUUUUGCUUUUUCUGAACUGUUUUGCUUUUUUCAACCUCCUGUUCUUUUUCUCUUAGGUCCCACUCAGAGGCCUAAACUGAACCUGAAGCCUCGGAGCGCUCCCAAGGAGGAAGAUACAUCUGUAGCUCCUGCUACCCAGUCUAGCCGUGCAGCCUCCAUCUUUGGGGGGGCCAAGCCUGUGGACACAGCUGCAAGAGAGCGUGAAGUAGAAGAGAGGCUACAGAAGGAGCAAGAGAAGCUGCAGCGCCAGCUGGAAGAUGAUAAACCCAGGCUAGAGCGACGGCCCCGGGAGCGGUAAGUGACAGAAAAGGAGCAUGAGCUGCGCACAAGCCAGUAGAGAAACUGCUUGAGUUAAUCUGCAAAACACCACUUGGUGUGUCACAGGCUCAAGCUGGUGAUCUCUGCAAAAGGUGCCAUAGAUGUGCCUGCAGCUCCUCUGAUGCUGCAGAACACCCCUAGAGUUGCUCAUGCUGAAGAUGGUGAGCGGUGACAUUCCAUUAGCUGCCUUGGUAGGUAGGUUCAUGGCAUUACAGAGCCCAGAGAAUGAAUGCUAGGCUAGCACCAGGCCUGCCCAAGCUGCUGUAUCCCAAACUGUGUCACAGCACAAGCAGCCACACUAGCCUAAUGACAGGUGGCUGCAAGGCCAAAUCACAUUACAUAUAAUCCCCUAGCAAAAAAAAGUCUUGUUUUAUUUAACACAUAUAAUUUGAGCAGUUAAGAAACAUCUCUAACUGCUUCUGAGCUUUGUUUCAAACCUGAACAUAGGAAUGCAUCACAUUGAGGGUUGCUUCCUAUUCCCACCUUUUCACUUCUGGGGUCCAGGGAUUGAAACUGGGCCUCCACAUGCAAAGCCUUGCACUCUGUAGUUGUCAUAGCUCAGUUGUAAAGUCUUCCCUGUGGACAGUGUGAUCCAAUUCUCCACUUCUCCAAAGAAGUCCCUUUUCUUCUGCCCAAAAAUGAGUUCCUUUAGGAAUCUUCCUCUGAAAGGAUAUCUCUUUGAAAUUGUGAUGUAUUCCAUCUCAGAAAACUUGAGGAGGGUAUCUUCUUGUGGUCUUUCAUCUGGGCAUUGAUCAACUCUGCAUUUGCUUAAGUUCUGCAGUACUGCAGCGUCAGCUGCUCCCUGACCAGUGACUGAAUCAGUAAGCUCAACAUCAGAAGACUCAAACCCCAGACAAACUUAACAGGCCACCCCACCUGGUCUCCACUAAAGGGCUGAUUUGAGCGGUACUAUGGAUUGAAAGGUGCUAAUGGCACAAUUGUCUCAGUUUUAUUUAACCACCUUGUUUUUAUUUAUUUUUUGUAGAGUUGUGUAUACUUGUUUUUUAUCCAGUGCCCCACAUUUACAGUUAGUAAGCCUUGCUUCUCUGUAUAUGUUCUAGACACCCCAGCUGGCGUAGCGAAGAUAACCAAGAGCGGUCACGGACAGGGAGUGAGUCUUCACAGACUGGCAGUACAACUCCUUCUGUGGGGACAGGCCCAACAGGAAGAAGUAAGUUGUCUUUGGGGUAUCAUUCACUUAGCCCAGAGGUGCAUCGUCCUAUUUCUGGGAAGCCCCAUAACUUUCCUGGAUUAUAGCAUGUAUUUCAGUUGGGAAGCUUCAGUUGAGUCACAUGGCAAGCCUUUGUGUAAAGAUUUGAGAAUAAGGGGUUUUCUGGGGUUUCUUAGUUCUUCGUAAUGGAAGUUGUCCAUAACCUACCAACAGAUCCACUAAAUAGCUGAUCAGCAGGGAAGCUAGCAGCUUAAGUAGCUGUCGAUCAGUGGUGGUACCAUAUUGGCCCGAAUAUAAGCCACCCCCUUCAAAUUCCGCAGGCACUCACACCCGUUCCGUUUUACCAUAUGCCUGUUUCAGCAGUGCUAUCAUAACAGCCCAUUUUUGUAAGGUCGUGAAUUUAAGCCGCACUUAAAAUUUGGAAAAAAGUGAGGCUUAUAUUCAGACCAAUAUGGUAUUUACACGUUAGUACUGUACAGUCCUCUCUUUUGGGACAAAUGUUUGCCCCUCUGGUUGUUGGUAAGCAGUUGGAUUGCAUGUGGUUGGUGUUGCUAGUCAUGUAAAUUGCCUGUUACCAGUAGGUAGAGUUUAUACAAUAGACUUCCUAACAGAGUCUACAAUGACUGGGUGGAAGGGGCUGGCAGGGAGUGGGCUAGCUUGGACAUGGCUGCUUGACUGUGUCUCCGGGGGCAGCAUCCACUGCCUCCUGCUCUGGCAGGGCCAGUGGGGAAGGAAGGAUGCAGGCUUGGGCUCCACUGUGCAACAGCACUUGGAAUGCCCUCACAGCUGUGCAUACAUUCACCCUGCCGGCAGCAGUGUGAGCAGCAGGGGACCAUUGGAUUUCACAGCUGCCAAGCAAUCCCUGCCCACCUCUGCAGUUGGGAGUAACGCUAUCAUUAUCAUGCCAUUUGGAAGGCAGCACCACACUUUGCACAGAGAGAUUUGUUGAAGGCAUCUUUUUAGGUUUUGGCUUGUUGGGGUUUUUAAAAAAAAGAACCUUCGAUUCUCACUACCCAGAUUCCUACUUGGCGGGAAUUUUCAUUCAACUCUUUGCUAAGGGAAAACACAAUGCUUCUAUUUUCAUGUACAAUUGACAAAUGCUGGCUUUGGUCUGAGCCUAUGGGCCAAUUUGACUGGACUGGGCUCUGCUGUAAACUGAGAUGUGUUUUAACAAUUGUUUGUUUUCCUAGCCAAAACAGCCAUCAAACGGUGUUGACAGUGUUGGGGGAGUUGCAUGUUAAAAACCUUGAGGCCCAAACUAAACAUUUUUUUGUAAGGGUAGCACAGUCGUGGGUGGGUGGGUGGGUGAGAGAGAGAGCUCGAUCAUAGCAGUGGUACUGGGGGAAGAUGAUUAACUCAUUCCCAUGAAACAUUUUUCACUAUCAGAAUCACUUCCCUGCUUGCUUUCUCUCAUGUAGGCAAAACAAGGAGGAUUUCAGCUGGUGGGAGGGGUGCUGUGUGUGUGUGUGUGUGUGUGUGUGUGUGUGCGCGCGCGCAUAUAGACUGGACAUGGUAACACUGGACUAAACUGCACGAUUGUCAUGUCUCACGCACACACCUCAUGCAUGCCCACUUGCACUCACACACGAUAGAGCAUAAACCUUUAAUUGGGCAAUAGCACAUCCACCCCCAAUCAGUUACAUUAGAAACCUGGAUGUUUCUGUUGCUUUCUAUGAGCAAUUGAUCACUUCUGCCCCAGGAAAGACAAAAAGACUGACAUGCAAACCAACCAGGAAGUCUCUUCAUCAAACAAUGGAAUUGUCAGCACAGAUCCUUUUCACAGGUUUGUGAUUGUAUUGUGGAUUAAACACACGGCCCAGUUUAGGCUUGUUCUGUGAUCUUCUGCUCCGUAAACUCACUGGGUGUUUUUGGUGGUUUGUUUUGGUAAAGCAUGCCAACCCAGAAUCACUAGGGAAUGGUCCAGGAAAAAAGUGCUUUCCUUCAUACAGCUGGGGUGUGUGUGCAUAUCUUCUUAGCCCAUGUUGUAUUGUAUCCUGCACUUCCAGCCUCACGAAGGAGGGAGAGUGAGAAAUCAUUGGAAAAUGAAAGCAGCAGCAAAGAGGAUGAAGGUCUGUCUCCCACUUCCAAGACUCCCAGGGAAGAGAAGCUUCCUCUGAAGGUGAUGCCAGCGCCACCGCCAAAAGAAAACGCCUGGGUGAAGCGCAGCAGCAACUCUCACCCGGCCCGCUCACAGAGCUCCGACUCAGACCAGCAUUCCCCUACAAGGUGAGGGCCUCUGGCAGGGCUGCCCUUUUCAGCCAAGGACUUAAUCUGCAGGAGGGAUGGAAAGCAUGGUAUAAUAAUAAUAAUUUAUUAUUUGUACCCCGCCCAUCUGGCUGGGUUUCCCCAGCCACUCUGGGCGGCUUCCAUAGAAACCAAAAAUACAGUAAAAUAUCACAGAUUAAAAACUUCCUGAACAGGGCUGCCUUAAGAUGUCUUCUAAAUGUCAGGUAGUUAUUUAUCGCUUUGACAUCUGAUGGGAGGGCGUUCCACAGGGCGGGCGCCACUACCGAGAAGGCCCUCUGCCUGGUUCCCUGUAGCUUUGCUUCUCGCAAUGAGGGAACCACCAGAAGGCCCUCGGCGCUGGACCUCAGCGUCCAGGCAGAACGAUAGGGGUGGAGACGCUCCUUCAGGUAUACUGGGCCAAGGCCGUACUACGCUAAGGCGUAAUAGAAACCCAAAUUAUGUUGUUUUAAAAUGCAUAAAACGUGACAGCAAAAUGUUAGGGAUUGUGGGCAAGGUGGGUGCAAUGGAAACCAAAGUAAGCUUUGGUUCACUGGGGUAGGUUUUAUUCGGAACUCAUGAUUUUGAAGUGGUGAUUCAUUUUCUUUCAUAUUGUGUUGCUGGAGGUUGAAAGAGCGGUGGUUCUGUAAUGCUGGGUAGUGGGUGGCCCUGCUCACCUGUCAGGAUUAAGGGAGAUGAAUAUCUGGUCCUCUAGCCAGACAGGCCCCCCCACCCCCAGCUUAAAAGCUAGCUUCACUAUAGAUAAGAAACAUUAAAAUGCAACAAUGCUAAAUAAAUAAGUAAAAUUACUAAAUAAUAUAGCUGCAAGUUCUUGGCAAUCAUUUUCAAUGAUUUCUAUGCAAUUUCACACACAUUUUACUUGCCAAGCAAAACUAAAUUAUAUUAAUUUAAACAAAAUACCUUUUGAAUUCCCAAGUCAUGUUACAACUUUUUGGCACCCCUCAUUUUAAGGAAUUUGAAAGUUGAAAAAUUCAACACACCUGAAUGUGACGUGGAGUUACAGUAGCAACUUCCAUGGAGUGUACAGUAUGCAUAAAGCAUCAACGCUGCUUUCCUGUGUUCUUUGUUGCAGCGGCAGCCAGGCUAUGCCACCCCUGCCUUCAGAAGAUGGAGUGCCCUCCAAGAACGCCCCAAGGAAAGGUAAGGCUCGGGUGCAGAAACUUACCUGUGGCCCUUUGGGGCAAAGAGAGAGAGCCCUGGGGAUUGAGGAGUGGUUGUGUGCAGCUAUUGUGCCUGGCAAUACACAUGCAUUCUUUGUUACUUCCUCUGUGUUGGGUGUACGCUGCUUUGAGGAAAUGGCUCUUGUGGCUGGCAGCUGCAUUUAUUAUUAUUUGUCUGCUUUAUUUCAUUUAUUUUUAUCUGCUUUCUUUAUUAAUCUCUUCCCGGGAAUCAUCUCAAAACAGUUUCACCAUACAAAAAAAAAUCCAUAUCCAAAAAACAAAUUCAAAUAAUUGCAGAUACGGAGCAGGGUUCAAAAUUCAAAAUAUCUACUUCAUAGCUAUUCCAAGAAAAAGACAUCUCUGCUCCCUGUUCACUAAGAAGUCGUGAAAGUUCCCAGUGUCAUGGCUUAUUGCUUGCAGGUGUAGUUCAUAGAUUUAUUUUCUAGCUUGCCAGGAGAGGGCAGCAGAGUCCAGUGAGGAGCCACCUUAAAUUCAGUCUGGGGAACUUCUCUGUCUGGAUCCUGGUUUCAGUAAUCUGCCACAUGUUCAGUUGUUGAUGGUUUGACGGGCGAAUGACAAGCGGCAUCUUCCCACUUGACUUCUCCUGCCCAAUGUAAUAGAAGCUUGUAAUACAGUCCUUACGUUUGUUUACUUGGAAGUAAGUCCCACUGUGUUCAGUGGGGCUUACAUGCAGGUAAAUGUGUAUGUAUUCCCUUCUUGCUGAAGGCAAGGUAGGUUCUGUGGUCAGGAUGAUCACAAGUUGAUAAGAAAAUUGGCACAGUAUAUUAUUUUAUUACACACUUUUAGCAAGAGCCUCAUAGCAUCUGAGGAGCUUCCUGCUUUGAAGGCUGUUCAGUGCUGCCUGCUCUUGCAAUUGGCUGUGGCUACAGGAUAUGGGGAAGAGCUGAAGCAGAGACUGUUUUGCACAGCGGAGCUGAGGCAGAGAUGGUUCUGCAGGGAUUGUGAUAUUUGCAUUAGCCAGCCGCCUGCUCUUGGGGUUGGCUGUGGCUGCAAGGAAGUAGGGGAGAAUUAAGGAGGGCUCUGCAGAGGAGCAUGUAACUCAGUGCUUUAAAAUCACAGGAAGGCAGGUCCUUCCCAGCGAUCGCCCCUCACAGUGGCUUGGCUGUGGAGUGAUGAUGUGGGCAGGUGGAGCAACCAGGAGGAGGGAGGCAGCCUGUCUGCAAAGGAAGCAAGGCAUAAGCAGGCAGGUGAGCACCUUAUCAGGCUUCCUCUGGCACUAGUGCAGGCUCAAAAAUGUUACCGCAACAAGCUCUUCAAACCAUUUUCAAAUUAUUUAUUGAUGUAUCACACAGCCCUAGUGUUAGGGUACUAGUAACCUGGGUGGGCUAACUUGACAUCUCAUUGCUGAAAUUAGUUCAAGAUGGAAUAACAGAUUUGUCUCAACUUACUUUAGGUGAUGAAAACCGACCUGAUGAAGGGAAGGAGAGUGCUCCAAAGGGCCGAAGUGGAAAUUCUGGGUGUGGUCCUGGAGAUGGAGGCAGCAGAGACCAUUGGCAAGACUCAGAUAGGUACAGUUGUCUUCACAUCCUCAUGCUCUGACUCCGGAAACCUUGUGCCGGGGGGCAGGCAGUGAGCAGCUAAGGGAAUGCUGGAGAUCCACUAUAAGCUGAUACAAAGCAGCUGGAGGCUGGAACACCUGACUGCAGUUUGCUGUCUGUGGCACACAGAGCUCUGGGUUGUCCAGACUCCUCUGCAUAGGGCUGGAGUGUGGGUUGCACCUGAUGGGUUGAGUAUGGAGCAAAUGGCUCUCACUGCCAUUAUUCUAUGUGUGUAAACUUUGUCCUUUCGUCACCUUAUUAACGUGGUAGCAGUUUUCUUUUUCAGGAAAGAGAGUAGUGAGCAUGACUCAAGACCUGCAUCUGAGCCAAAGAAAUUCGAAGAGAACCCUACCCCCGUAAGUGCUGAAUCUGUUGCUUUUUGAGCAGUGAUUGUCAAAUGCUGGUGUAAUUAGGCAGCAGCUCUCUGUCAUUCAAUGUGCCAGAAUGUAUCGGGAUUCCCUUAGGACUUUACUCAGUUAAUUGUGGAUUCAACUAACUGAUUAUAAUUCUGUAACUAAAAUAUCCUUGUGCUACAUUCAGACUUUUUGCUGAGAAGCGUUUACAUCACUGGUACCCACAGUUACUUCCUAUUACUAGCUCUGAAAAGUGGGGAGAAGGGAAUAUAGGCUUCACCAAUUGAUAGGGGAUAUUCUGCUGAUAGAACAGGAUGCACACGAAUGUCACAGAAAGCCAAGCAUCUGUUUUCUAAAUCCUCAGCUGGAAGUAGAAGUGCCAAAAUCCCAAGUUUGUACUCUUGUAAAGCAGAUAGUUGUGUUUUGUUUAUAUUCUCAAACUGUGCUCAUUGGUUAUUGAAUUCUUAGUUUUUUGUUUGUGAAUUGGAGGAUGGACUAAUAAUAAAAAAUAAAGUUUGCCACAGACAGAACAAAGACGAGAUCAAGAAAUUUGCCCUGGAAGUGCAUGCAAAGAAUCUUGGCCACAAAGCCCACUUCAUAGUGGGAGCUUGGAGCUUGUUUUUCCUUUUUCCUUCAUUGCAACCUUGAGAAACAGUGAUCAGCCCAAAGGUUGCCCAGUGUGGUUUCAAAUUCAGGUCCCCCAGUCUGCCAUUUUUAUCUGCCAUGCCUUGGUGGUACACCUCUAGGUUGUGGUCUGAAUUUAGUCAGGCUGUUUUCCUCAAACCACACCCACCUGGCUAGUCCAGCUGCUUCUGCAACCUGAUCCCUGCAGAGAGCAGGAAUGAACUCUUCCUGCAUUGGCUGAUUUCAUUCCUGAUUGGUCACUGUGUUCUCCCACCCUGACAGCCCAGCUUUGACAGGUGGGCGAUGUCAUCCAUCUGCAAAAGCUGGCUCUCAAGGUGGGGGAAAUAAAGAUCUGGGCCAAAAAGAUUUCCCACCCUGCAUUCUGCCUUUUAUCUGCCCAGAAUGUAGCCAUCCCACCCUUCUCUAAUGUCUGUGUUACACCAUCCCAGGAACACCUGAUACCCACAGCCCUAUGUAUAAAACUUGUCACAGGAUGACUUUCAGUGUCUCAGUGUCCAGUUUUGAGUGCUGUUUUAACACCCACUUCCCUACCUCUCUUGCAGAAAUUUAGCUGUGCUAGCAAGUAUGCUGCUUUGUCAGUGGAUGGUGACGAUGAAGCAGAGGGGGAUGAGUACGCUGAUUAAAUUCUCCAGCCCCUCCAUGCCGUCUCCUUACCGGUUGCCACCCAGGAAUAUUCGGCAAGCAAAACCAAACCUUUAUUCAGACAAGACAGAAAAAUAAAAGCCUACAAGUCAACAUCUCCUUGGAGAGACCUUUCUUAAACCUUUCUUUAAAAAAAUAUAUGAAAAAGUGAUACAGUUUCUCUUGCAUGCUGCUGCAGCCUUUAAAGUAUUGAACUAACUGGAGAAAUCCCUGCAAAAAAAAGUAUAGCAAGAGAGAAAAUGGCAGGUGUCUUUUUAAAAAAAGGAAUAGGCCCAGUGUGUGUCUUGAGUGUGACUUCAUGCAGCUUCCAAUCACGUCCAGAGCCCCAGGUCCUUCCCAUUAAAAGAGAGGCUAGCACUUGAGCAGGCCAGGUGUGUAUUAAUUGAGCACAGUGGGGACAUGGACAGCUAAGAUCUGUCUCCUCCUUUUGCCAGGUUGGUUGACUUCUGCAGUGUAAGCUUCAAAUGAACUUGAAAGCAUUUUAGUGCAUUGGGAAAAGGAGGAGAGCAGUCUUGCCUUGAUGGCUGGGGGAAGAGAUGAGAUGGCUUUUCAAGGCAGAGAGUUGACAUCUCUACGCAAGUAAUCCCUGAGGUUUAAGUUAGAAACCUCGCCCUGGUGGUGGUGGUGUCCCCCUCUGAAAUCCAUCAGGUUUGGGGAAGCCCCAGGCAACACUAAGGCUGAGUAGCAAACCUUUGCUACCAAAGGAAUCUUCUCAGAAGCCUCAGAGCUGAUCCUGGGGUUGUACCCUUGCCUGUCCCCAACAAUAAAGGCUGCUGACAGUUGGCUUCUAUGUUGAAAGCCACUUUCCACAUAGUUUGGCCAAAUGGUGCAAAGACACUCUGUGUUAGUGGUCACCAGGACCAUGCAGUGCUGAUGUGGAAAGUGCGCCUUGCAUAUGAACCAUGCAGAAAGUAACUUUUUGUAUGUCAAGGUGCUCCACCAUAUGGAAUCAGUUUUUGGUAACCUCCCUGAAGGAGGUUGCAAUAUAUAUGAAGGAGCCAUUGGAUUUAUGGGAAUCAUUAGUUGAAAGAGCAAUUUCUGGAGACUAUAAAGUUUUCUUGAAUUCCCCCCUUCCUAUCCCUUCCUCUUCUGUCCCCUUUUAAUCACGGAGGUACCACCACAACCACUCUCACAAAUUUAAAUUGCACCUGUUUUAAACUUGGGCACUGUUUAAAGGUAGCAAGAGUCUUUGAAAGUUUGACUGAGCAUCAUGUGACUGUUCCAAGUUCCUUCCUCACUUUUGGGCAAGUAGGUACACAACAUGACUGGCAAACUUCCUUCAGCCCUUACAAAAAGGGUUUACUUUUAGUCCCCUAAAUUUCUUUUUAAAGCUUCCUUCGCCAACACCCAGCACCAUCAGACACAGAGACAAGCAAUCUCUUCCAUUUCUUCCAGUAGUCUUGGUCCUUUCAUUCUUCUUCCUUGAACUAAUUAAUGGGUAGGGCAAGUGGGAAUUCAAUCCACACAGUGGAACUGAAGCAGCACAAGGUUUUACUAGCCAACUCUCAGCAGCCUGAUUUACAUGGUGGCUGCAGAGGAGGAUCUGGCUAGCUUUUGGGAGGUGUGCACGGGCUCACCAGGGAACUGCCAGUUUUUACCUAGUUGGGGAGGAGAACAGUGUGAUUUUCCUCUUGAAGCAAUUCUGGCUGAGUCAAAUACAGGAUUUGGCGUGUUGUAAAGCCUGCCGUGGUUGGUGUCUUGUUUCAGUAAAUUUUAGCUACAAUUUAAACCAGUCCUUUGAAAUACACAGAGUAGUGGCACAUCCUAUGGGCAGGAUAUAAAGGAAUGGGAGGGGAGACCCUGCUGAGUGCAGAUAAUUGAUUUGAAAUGCAAUAUUGCUUUGACUGUGUGAAAUGCUGGGGGGAGAGGCUAUAUUUGAGGUAAAGUGCUAAUUUGCAUACCCCAGAAGCAUUUUCUACCCUCCCUUCUUUCUCUCUCUCUCUCUCUCUCCUAUUCUCUCUCUUUAUCUCUCUCUGCGCUAUCAGGACAGGUUCACGAAUGGAUUGAGGUGCAUUUUACACAUUCUGAAGACAUGUAAAAUUUGUACAAAAUAUCUUCUAUGAAAAUGAUUUGUAAUCUGUGUGGACUUACUGGGAGAUGUCUUUUAUUAUGUAAAAUUUUCCCUCCUCCCCCCUUCUUGGUUUUUUUGUUUUUCUCCAAAUAAAACUAAUCUUUAAAAUAAUGCUUCAGCACGAGAUUACUUUGCCAGUGGUGUCUCUUCUCCAUCAGGACAUGGAUGUUGCUCUCAAAUAUAUAGAACUAGUAGGGAGUGCCAUCUUGGUUCAAAAUGGUGGACACCAACGUGUCCCCCAGAAUCUGCUCAAUCUUCUGGAGCACACGGGGGGCUCCAGGGGAGCAAAGCCCCACUGAAGGCUGGUAGUACAUUCUGUCUGCACACAGAGGAUUUGACCAACCCAGAGACUUGCUGAUGCAAAGAGAUGUAAUUGUAGAUUUCAUAAGUUAUGUCACUGAUUCUCCUUGUAAGAUCUCUAGAGGGUAGGCGAUAUCCUUUCAUAAAUACAAUACAAAUAAUUUGGGGACGGGUGAGUGAGGCCAAGGCCCGUGAUCCCUGCAGCCCUUACAAGUGGCCCCUGUUGAGAUCUCAUUGCUGCCCACAUUUCUAGCUUCAAUGGUUAACUACAGAAAACUGGAUCUGUGAAGAUUCAAGUUCUCUGGCUUCCCAAGUCCUUUGGUUUGGACUAAAAGCAAUUGACUUGUUCACUUAUUUGACAGGAGGGCUGGGGACGGGGAGAGGAACUGAGCCUUGGUUCUUUUCCGUCUAUUUCUGAAAUAAAAAUUAUCUUUCUUCGCUUGC